UAAAAGAAAUCUAAAGAGGAGGACAAGUCUGCAACAAGAACAAGGAACCAGAAAAAAGCUGGAAAAAAGGGCUUAAACCCUUACUCAGCACAUCACUCUGCUUAAACCCUUACUCAGCACAUACUUAGUAUGUAACAUAUUUGGAACCAGUGGGGAACUUUACUCUUCAUCUUGCAUUAGGCAAGUUUUUAGUUGAUCAAACAAGUGGGGUAAUGGAGAAAAAGAAGAAGGAUCAUAAACUAACUUCUGCUUCUAGUCAAGAACCAGACACAAAUGAUCUCUCUAACAAGGAUGACCAAGAUGAACAAACUGUGGGGAAUAAUGUCAAAACUGGUUGUCCUCCAAAUGACCAUACAACAUCAGAAAAUAAUCAUCACCCGCCCGUUCUUCAGUGGCCAUAUACACCUCAGAAUACUGUUGAUCAAUCCCCAUUGGCAUCUAAACCCCACAUUCAUACUCAAUCAUCUUCACCUAUCAUUAUAAGCCAAUGGAAUUUUCCCCAUCAGCAUUCGCAGAAUCUGACCAACCAUCAUGUCCCCCAAGGCCAGCUCCCAUUGAAUUAUACCCAAUCAACACCUCCCUUUUGGUUACCCCAACGAACUGCUCACACCUUUCCAGGCAUGAAUGUGCCUCCAGCAUUUUCGCCAUAUGUUCCCUUUGGAGCAACUGAAAUUACUUGGCAAGCUCCUGCUGUAGGAGUAGGAACUGCAUCAACACCUCAAAAUCAGGUUCCCAGUGUGUGUUACCCUUUUGGAUACUCAUUUCAGGGCCUUCCAGGUGCUUGUGAUCCAUUAUCAUUGUGGAGUCAAGGUCAAGCACAACAAUCUCAACCUCUAUGCACUUAUGCUUUUCCAGGAACUUAUAACUACUUUUCUACGCCACCUUCAGUGCUCCCUAGCAGUUCCACAUCUCCUGGACAAGCCAUUCAAAGAGGAUUAAUUAGACCAACAGCAAAACUUUCUCAGAAGCACCAGAUACUUUGGGAUGCUCAAUCAGCAGAGAAUGUUCAGCUAUGGAAUGUGAUCAAUCAAUUGCAAUCAGAGAUAGCUGAUUACAAGAGCCGGUUAACAAGGCUUGAAGCAGAAAUUUCUUCUUUCAAGCCAAAAGUAGAAGAGCCUCCUGCUCGAUCUUCUGGGACUGCAGUAGCUGGUCAACCAUCAAAGAGAGGAAGACCAAAGAGGUCAGUUGCUUCAGUUGAUGUUGGAGCUUCUCCUGAUGAGUCUCAUCCCCGAGCCAGAGGUAGGAAAUCAGCCACAUCUAAGGUUCAGUCUGAGACCAAAGCACAUAUUUUUGAAAAGGUUGUUCUAAAUAAGAUUGAAGAUAUAGACAAAUCAUGUCAGUCCCCUGCUACUAUAGAGCAACGGUACAGUGAGAACAUAUUAAACAAUGCUGCACAUGCCAGUGGCAAUGUGGAGAUUCAUGGAAGUGAUCUUUUGAUGCCUGCAUUUAGCAAUCAAGCUCAUCUCCAAAUAUGUGGAAUGGGACUUGCUUCCUCUUUUGAGAUGAAAUGUAGCAGUGACAAGUCCACUGAACCAAAAACUGCCUACUCAAUUCUCUCUCAACAAACCGCAGCAAUGAACACUAAUAGCAGCAGCUCUGCUGGAUAUCUGAGUGCAACUGUUAAUGGGAAUCUAGGCUGGUCUGCUAAUAUAACUUCUGAAGAAUCUGAGAGAAAGAUGUUAAGUAUAGGCUCUCAAGGUUUCUACAACAAUGGUAGUGUAAUCAGACAAGGAGGGAAGCUUGUUCCUGGAUGGAGCUUUGUGAAUGGAGAGGAUGCUUCUGAAGAGCUUGAAGAUGCUGCUGUAUUAGGAUCAGCCAAGGAUGAAAAUGAAGAAAUGGAAGAAGAUGGCAGCUCAGAAGCCGAAGAUAUUGUUCAAUCGAAAGAUGAUGAUGCCAACAAUGCAGAUGGCGCAGUGGGUACUAGCCCCAAAGAUCUUCCUCCACUAAAUAAUUGGUGAUAGAAUCCUAUUUCUCCUAACUCACUUCCUUUUGGUUGAACAGUUAUGUGUUAUAUUAGUCCAUAAACAAGAAAGAAAAAUGACGAAGAGGAAUUCUUAUGUGAUAAUGAAACUGCUCAUUUGGGUUUCACUUUCAGUACAGAGAAA